GAGGGAGAGAGAGAGAGAGAGAGAGAGAGAGAGAGAGGUGACUGUAGAAUGAUGGGACCCAGCUGAGGGAAGAGCAGCGAGUGAUCAGUCUAUGAGCUGGUAAUGACAGGCAGACAGAUGUGAAGAAUGACUUCUUGUUCAGAGAUCUGUGGGUCGGAGUAUGGUGAACAAGCUCAUGCCAGUGGGAACUACCAGCAGUAUGGUGUUCGAUCCUACCUACACCAGUUUUAUGAGGAGUGCACAGCUUCUAUCUGGGAACGUGAUGAAGAUUUUCAGAUUCAGAGAUCGCCAAGAAGGUGGAACUCUUUACUCUGGAAGGUCUGUCUCGCGUUUGGCACCCUGAUCUUGUUUGCAGGCCUCAUUGUUGUUUUGGUGGGUUACGCCACUCCAGCCAGGAUUGAAGCAUUUGGCGAGGAUGAUCUGUUUUUUGUUGACAGCCAAGCUGUCAGUUUCAACCGUGCACUGGAUGUUUGUAAGCUGACUGGUGCUGUGCUGUUCUGUGUGGGAGGAACCUCCAUGGCUGUGGGUCUCCUGCUGUCUGCCUUUGCCAAAAGCUACUCCAAAGAAGAAUUGUAUCUGCAGCAAAAGUUUAAGGAGAGGUUGGCAGAUAUGCACACAACAGUUGGUACUCCCAUAAUGAAAAUGCCAACCCCCGGAGAGGGAAGAGUUCCAGUCACGCUUUCCAAAGUCCAGAACAUCCAGCCAGCAGCCACAAAGUCAGAGACCUGACAGAAGUCUAGAUGAAGGCCUAAAGUGAAGAAACAUGUAUGAGACGUGAUCAGUGUGUAGACUAUGCGUGAGUGCGCACUUGCGUAUGAAUGUCAAUCUGUGUGUGCAUUUUCUGUUUUGAAAGGUCAGCUCACAUGACUCAUAGCACAGGUUUGUCUUACUUUGCUGUGUUUGACAUUAAAGCUGUUUUUAAGGUGGCAUAGGUUCUGAGUUAUUAGUAUAGCUGAUACAAGUUUAAGUCUUUUCUUUUAACAUCAGUUGUAAUUCAUAGAGAUCUAGCCAAGCACAUGCAGGCCCUUUUUGAGCGCUUCCCAUAUAACAAGCCAGAGAAACAUGUCAGCAACUCAGCUAAAUAAUGUCAUCAUUGUUUCAACAAAGCGUUUUACUGUCAAGAGAAUUGACAUUUUGUAAAAGAGCUUGCGGAGCAGUAGAUGUAGUGGUGUUUGAAGUUGCUAAUAAUUGGCUGCCAUUCACAGAAAUUAUCGAAAGGAGCACUGAUCACAACUGUAAUAUCUGCAGUGUUUGUACAGUAUGUGCAGAAAACAUUGUGUGUACUGUGUGUACAUGUGUAUAUGCAGCUCACCUGCUCAUUCUGACACUGACACGUGCUGUAGUGCCAUCAGUCAUGACAGUACAAUAUGAAUAUAAAUGUGCUUUCGCUUCUGAAUACGUCAUAAUGUAUAAGUACUGUUUACAAGCAACAACAAGCCAAGACAAGUCUUAACUGGUACUUUGCCAGAUACUCACACUUUUUCAAAAGAAAUUAGACAAAUUAGAAGAUAACUUUUUCUUCUGUCUUGUUAGGCACUUGAGCUUGUCUUCUUCAGUAAAUCUUCAGAAAGGAUCAAUAGUCGAGACCAGAAAGACUAAUGAAAGAUACAUUAAAUCAGAUAGAACACACAGAACAGCAUAGUCUGUCACUUUUUUUUCUAAGCACUUCAUUACCUAUGCUCUCUCUUUUCCUAGUGUCCUUUCCAUGUGACAAAAACAUGUAGAUACACACCUGUCUAUACGAGCUAGCGUAUUUUAGAACAUCAUGAAUCCAGAUGUUGUUAAUUGCUAAUCAUGAAAUGGUAAAAAAUAUAUAUACAGUGCAUGUGUUGCAAGUUAAAAUGAAGAUCAAGGCUGUUGAAGAAACAAAAAACAGCACGACAAACAUGUUGCGUAACUCGGUGGUGACUUGAGCGCAUUCACUUCUUCAGUGAGAUGACAUCAGCUACAUUGUUUUUGAUGGCACUCAUUGUCUUCAGCCUGUGAUGAUUCACAUAUGCUUUAGAUUCAAGAACUUUCUUCCCCUGCUCACACACAAAACUUGACUUUGUGUUCACGUAUUAUACUGUGUGGGCAUUUUCUAAGUUUCCCUGCUGGUUCAUGUAGGUGCAGCCGGGCAAAAUUGACUAAGGAAUAUAAAUCAAAGGGAGUGAUGUUUAAUGAGUACUCUCUAGCCAGUGACAUCGUCUCAUCACUCUGAAGGAGCUGUGCCAAAUAUAGAGAUACAUGACAGAAUCAUGCUUUUGACAGUCACAUCAUAUUGUGACACAGUAAAUGUGACACAUCAGCAUACCCUAAAGCAUUUCAAAAUUAAAACCAGUCGUGGAAGGAGCACUCAGAUUGCUUACUUAACUAAAAGGAGCAAUACCACAGAGUAAAAAUGCUCUGUUACAAGUAAAAGUCAUGCAUUCACAAUGUUACUUAAGUAAAAGUACAAAAGUAUCAGCA